GGUGGAUACAUCACAGUUUUAGUUUACAAGUUGACGCCGAAGUUAGACGGGAGUUUGCCAACAAACUACAACAAAACUGCUUUUAAUUGCUGCCCACAUAUAAUAUGCUGCGGUGUUUCUUCAUCUUCUUGGCCAUAUCUACUACAACAAUGACUACAGUACCAACCGUGACAAUGGAUGAACUGUCAAGAGGCUUACAAGACACCACCAUCAGUUCCAACGCGAAGAGAGUUCUAGAAGGCAUCCUGAAUGAUUUUAUGGAUCUCCAAUUCGGCAAGGAAACUCCUUAUACGACCGGUGAAACGGUUAUACCAUCCGGCUCUACUAUCGACGAUGUCAACAUCGGUGCCGCUGACGCAUCGAUAGAGAAGAGAUUUACAGAUAUCUUUGUGAAAAUUUCAACAACUCACAGUAAUGGAGAUUUAACUCCGCAAUCUUCGAACCAAGGCUGGGACCCGAAGUUGACGCCCGUCCUUGUAUUUGUAACUGCUAAUAAUUAAUUUCCGAUAGAUAUGUGUGAGUGUGUGUGAGUGGAAGAUAUAUCUGGUAAAAGGCAGCAGGGCAGGGGGCGGGGGACUUCGAUUGCUCGAAACAAAAACGAAUGCAGAAGAUUGUUUGGUUAAAUAAUGAUUGGAAGAAACAUGAAUAAUUAUUAAGAAUCUAUCGUUAAUUGUAAUUUAAAAGUAUUAUUACAUAAAUUUAAUAAUUAAAUUAAA